AUCUCUACCAACUGCAAUCAACCCCUGAUCGAUCCUGAACUGCAAUAUUUUUGAAUCUCGAUAUCAUAAUCUGUCUUCACGGAAUGUUAAAGCUCGCAAUAAUCGCGGCCAUUUUGGCUUGUACCGAAGCGUACUACAAUCACGGAGCUCAGCCUUACUACAGCAAUUAUGGGCACGCGGUUAAUCCUGCGCCGAUUGCCGCAGCUCCGGUGAUACCGGUUAAUCCUCAUCAUGCUGGGAACGUAUACAAUCACGGUUAUGGAAAUUUCGGUGGAUUGUCUUCCCACGGAAAAAUCAUCGAAGCGACUUACCCCGGGGCCGUUCACAAAUCUGCUGGUUACGCAGUAGCUAAUCCAACGGGCUAUCAUGGUUCUGAUUAUGUUCAUGGACCCUCGAAUGCUUUCGUGCAUCAAUCGACCGCGAUUUCUGGACAGCACGCAGCAAUCCCCUACAAUCAUCCUGCACCCGUUCCCAUCGCACCUUCGCUCUCUUACAAUCACGCGACCGUUGGAAAUUACGCACAUUCUCGUUACGCCGUUACCGAGGGACCUAAUUACGUUCAUUCCCGAUACUCGAUAAGCAACUCGCCAGCGUUGUCAUAUGGACACGCUCGUUAUUCCGUCGGCUUAGCUGACAGCGGCAUCCAAAAAAUUGGAUACAACCCCGGCCUCGCGCACAUGGGUUACCCCAAUCAUGUGGCUCAAAAUUAUGCAUGGUAGAGCCGGCAUGAACGCAGCAAUACAGCGUUGCAUCCAGCUUCGAAAGUUUCGAGUUAAACUUAUCGAGAAUCGUAACUGAGAAUAUGAAGAAAUUUGGAAUUUUCUUGCAGUCGCAAUAUCAGACUCCAAUGGGCGAAGGAAGACGAUGAAGAUGAAGCGUCGAAUGGGAAUUGCUCUCGAAGCCAUAUUUGAAAAUAUCAAAUUAAAAGAAAUCAGUGAAAAAAAGAUUCCGCUGAAUUCGUCAGGAAUUGGUAUUUUUUUCAUGUUUUUAAUCGAAUAAAUUUUGUAAGAUUGAAAACUAGCUCAGUUUUCAAAAAUAUGACGAACGAAUGCAUCGCUUGGUACUACUUUUCCGAAUCUUUAUAGAAUUCGACGAUCGAAAUCUCAUGCUGUUUCAAGCUGAUUGAUGUUGUGAUUUGUAUUAAAAAAAUAAAAGAAGUUGAUGUUUGGUUGAUCCAAUUA